UAGAAGGAAAAACAAACGGGCAUACAUAUUUUGUUGAUUCAGAAGAUAAGAGAUCGACUAAGACAAUGAAUAAUUCAACAGUUCCAGAAAGCGAGGAAGUGCAACCAGGGAUUUCAAAAUCAGUCUUAGUUAGUGUGAACAUUCUUAUCAUGAUAUUCGCCUUAUUUGGCAAUGCUCUACUUGUGGUGUCAAUUUUACGAUCAAAGAAACUGCGAAAGAGAAUGUCAUCCAAGCUGGUUUUAAAUUUAUCUUUGUGUGACAUUACAAUCGUGUUCGUUAGUAUCACAGGUACGCUUGUUAAUCUUCAGUUACAGUAUUCUCCUUUUGGUGAAAUCGGUUGCCGUACAAUUAACCCAUUAUCAACAUUAGCAAUAAUUUCCGGCGUUUUAACAUUAGUUAUGGUAUCCAUUGAAAGGUUUGUCGUGGUAGUGUAUCCGUUUUAUUAUCGUUCGUUAAAAGGAAAGACCUUUUACGUUAUUGGAUGUAGCCAUUUGAUUUCAUUUGCUUGCGUAGUACCGUAUUCGUAUCAUUCAACUACAGUUGACGGUGUGUGCGAAGAAACAUGGCCGGAAUCGAGUAGUAAAAUAUAUAGCUGGUUUUUAUUCUUAAUCCAAUAUGCAAUUCCGCUUCCAAUUAUGAUUAUUAUUUACUCCUACAGUUGGUACACCGUCAAACAGCAAAAUGACGACAUGAUUCGAACAAGCGAGCGUCAGCGAACUCGUGCUAAUGCUAUCGCAGAAGAAGAUAUCGCUAAAGCUGCUCAAAAUUUGUCUAAAUCCAAACCUCGAACUAGACGACAGAGCGUUUUUGUUAGGGCUUUACAUAGUUUGCGUCACUCGCCACAUUAUAACUCGCAGCUGUCAAUCAAAAGACAUAAACAAACGAUGCGUUUACUCAAGACAUUUAUAACUGUCGUAGUAGUGUUUGCGAUAUGCAUGCUACCCAAUCAAAUAACUUGGUUAAGUGGCCAGGAGAUUAGUGAGGUCUGGAUCGAGAUAGCCUAUUGGUUGACUUAUACAAACUCUAUUAUGAAUCCAAUAAUUUACGGACUAAAUCCAAGAUUUAGAGGCGCAUAUUUACGACAAAUAAUGUUCUGUUUAGAACUAUGUUGCAAUAAAGUCCGGACUGGCAGACUUCGUUCGAAUUCCAAGUCAUACAUGUCAUCUAAUGACUGUCUGUAUUCACAAAGCAGUCCUGGCCAGUUCAAACGACAUUUUGACUUUUUGAUAAGACACCGAACAUCCUCUCAAACUUCAUACGAUAGCGAUGAUUUGUUUUCAAAUAGAGAUUCGCGAAGUGUUUAUCUUAGAAGAAGCAGCUCCGCUUAUAGUAGUGGCGGCAAGGCUAGUCAAUAUAGCUACGACGCGCCGACGUCGCGUCGGCGACAAUGCGACACACGUCAGACAUAUCAACCCUUUUACUUGCAGAAUGAACAACAAGAAACGGUCUAUUUUGCAGAACAAACAGAUCAAGUAAAACAAAAUAAAAAUCCAAACUAUGACAAUGUUUCUGAAUGUGCUGAAACAAGUGAAGUAGAAAUGACAGAACACGAUGAUGCAAAGACGAUAUCAACCCAACGGAUUAACGUAGAGGGUGUGGCGCUUAGUAAUAAAAGCAUGCUGGUGGAUUGUUGGUUUGAUGGCCAGAGAAUAAGUCUAGUAUUUCAAAAAGAGCAUCUUGAAGUUUUAAAAUACAUAUCGGAAACAGAUUGCUAGAAAAUAUCAAGGGCAAUUAAUGACGUCAAAAUCGCGGCUCUGAAAGCUCAUCUUCUCGUAGAUGCGCGAUAGCACGUUUCGUGUUUAUAGACUAGCUUGCGUGAGCGUAACACAUGCGUUCGUAUAAGCACACAACCCUCGGUAACAUGUUGGUUUUCACGUUCAACAUAAACAUCUUUUUCAUUUAACUCUUGUACGUUGUUGCUCCGCGGUGUACAAAGAGAGCUUGAAAUGACUUAAUCAGUUAAAAACUUAUUUAAUCGAUUUGUGAAUAGAUCAUUAUGUAACAGAAUUCCAUAAAUUAAUGUAGAUAGAUAGGUAGAUAUAAAACUUUGUCUGUUUUGAAGUCUUUUAAACUCCUGGAUAAACAACCCCACUCGAGUAACCAAGUACCACCAGCAACAAGACACAAAACAAGAAUACGUACAGUAGACGUCUGUUAAUUCGAACAGGCAAGAGACUAAAUUAUUUGUUCGAAUUAACGAAUCUUCGAA